AUGGCAAUGACGAUGUGCACGGCCCGCGUCUUUGGCUGCAGUGUCUCAGCGACAGCGCGCGCCGGUCUAAAGAACGAGAGCGUGUUCUCGAUACCGUGUCGCUGGGCGUCCAAAAAGGCUGGCGGGUCCACGAAAAAUGGCCGCGAUUCCGAGUCCAAGCGUCUGGGCGUCAAGAAGUUCGGAGGACAGAGCGUGGUGGCUGGAAAUAUCAUUAUUCGCCAGCGCGGUACGAAGUACCACGUGGGCACUGGCGUAGGCAUUGGCAAAGACCAUACGAUCUUUGCGACACGCGACGGUUUCGUGCGCUUUUGGUACAACACGCCCAAGAAGCACCAGGAGGUGUCGGUCAAGAGUCACCGUGAAGUGCAGCGUGCAGGGGUUCAGAGCAGCGGUUAG